AAUAUUAAACUUGUUAAUAAAAACCCUUCACAUGAAUCCGAAUUUUGUCCUUAAAUUCCAGAUGGUCAAGUUAAAACUGGUGUGUUUCGUCACAUACUCGUAUGAGCAGUCAUAUUGUCCGCCAAUAGACCUCGAGUGUCUUUGUAACGGACAUGGUACACACAUAGUUACGUGAUUUAAAUAAAUAAAAUCGUACACUGUGGAAUGUGAAAUUGAGCAACUUAGGCAUAGGUAAAUUGCAUACUUUAUAAUAUAUCGUGUAAGUACCUAUUAUCGAACAGAACCUGAUAUCGGACGGUUUGUUUUGGUUCUAUAUGCGCAUGCGCAAAAGUGCGCAUGACGUCACAUCCAUAAACAAAUGGUCAUUUAUGAAGUCCGUGACCUACUUGUCCACUAAGCUUGCAACAAAUGCGCCGAAAACAGUCUAAUCCUAAGAAGAUAAUUAAACACAGAGGUCUUUACUCACCAACAGCUCUUCACAAUGCAUACCUUAAAGUAAAAGACAGUGGCUUGCCAGUAAGAACUGUUGCAAAACAGUAUGGUGUUCCUCAUACUACACUAUGGGACCGUGUGAAAGGGGUUAUUGACCCUGAAUGCCUCAAACCCGGACCAGCUCCACUCUUCUCUCAGGAAGAAGAGGUCAAACUAGUUGACCAUGUCAAGACAAUGGCUGCCCUUGGGUAUGGUUAUACCAUCAGUGAAGUUGUAGCAAGUGCUACAAACUAUGCAGUGUUCCUUGGUAAAAGGCCAAAUGAUAAACCUUUGUCUGUGAAAUGGUUUAAGGGUUUCCAGCAGCGAUGGCCUGAGUUGCGAGUUGUUCGUCCGAGGGCACUGUCCAACUACAGAGCUGAAGCCACAUCAGAGGCCAAUGUUCAUGAAUAUUUCAACAAUUUGAUGAGCGUUGUUGAAAAACAUGACCUCCACAACAAACCUGAGUGUGUCUAUAACAUUGACGAAAAAGGUAUCCAAACAGAGCAUACCCCACCAUUCAUAAUAAGUGGCACAUUGAAGGCACCAGCAGUUACUUCGUCAAGGUCCUGCGUUACAACAAUAAUUGGAUGUGGAAACGCAUUAGGCACACAGCUUCCACCAUUCUUUGUUUUCAAAGGGAAACGCCUGAAUGCAGAUCUGUUACAAGGGUCUACACAAGGGUCAUCAGGGUGUAUGUCUGACAGUGGCUGGUCAAAUUCAGCUGUGUUUUUACACUACAUGGACACCCAUUUCCUCAGAUAUGUGCAAAGAGUGGACAAGUCACAGCCUAUCCUUGUUCUGCUUGAUGGUCAUAAAAGCCACAUAAAUGUUCCAGUGCUGGAUUGGGCAAAGAAGAAUAACAUUAUUCUAUUCAUCUUACCGGCCCACACAAGCCAUGUCCUUCAACCCCUUGAUGUGGGUUGUUUUGGACCCCUUCAAAAAAUCUACAACUCCAUGUGUCACAGAUUUAUCAGAGAAAAUCCCUCUACAAAAAUAACAAGGUACAAUGUUGCUCCUCUUGGAUCUGCUGCAUACGUAGCAGCAUUGUCUGUGGAAAAUCUUCGAUCUGCCUUCAAGAAAUCAGGUGUUUUUCCUUUUGACGAGUCAGCUGUUAGCAAGGAGCAUUUUACCACUUCGCUACCAUAUGUUGCUGAACCAUCUGUUCCUGAAAUCAACAAAAACAUGCAUGAAAGAAAUCCUGAUGUUUUCUUCUAUGAAGCAGAAGUUGUCAUUAACAAAAAGAAAGAAUUCAACAAUGCAAAGAAAAAGAAUAACAUUCUUGAAUUUACAUCUGGCAAAGAAAUAACAGAUCCGAUAAUUGAACAGAAACUCAGGGAAAGAGCUGAAACAACAAAUGAACAGAAAAACAAGCAACAAACUGAACAAUCCAACAAACAUUCGAAGCUUAUGCCCACAAAAGAAACAGCUUCACAAACAAGGAACAAACAACUGAAAAAAAACAAUCAACAAAACAACACACUUACCCAGAGCCUGGACCCUCCCAUCUAAACACUGAUGUUGAAUCCUCUGAAGAUGAAGAUGAUGAUGAAACUUGUUGUGUAUGCAGCCUCUUUCAGCCAAAAGAACUUGCUAACUGCGUAUCAUUGAUAUUUGUAAAGUGGGCCAAGUGUGACUUUGAUAACUGUAGCCACUGGGUGCACUUGCAGUUUUGCACAGCCACAAAUGUUGUUAGGAGAAAUGACCCGUUCUAUUGUCCUUGCCACAAUAUUGCAGAGGAAUAGACUUGUGUUUUUGUGUUCAAAGCUACAUGCUUUUCUAAUUUUGUUAAUUUUCAUGUUUCAAAAAAAAAAGUUCAGUUU